GCCACGGAACACAUCGCCACAGUGUCUGGCUAGAGGCUGGAGAAGUCAGUGUUUUCCAGACCAUGGCUUACGCGCUGAUUGUCCUAUGUUGCUUGGCCACUCUUCUGGUCGCCCUCCUUUACCUGCUGGGUGCUUUCAGAAGAAGGAGAGCCAACGAGCCGCCUCUGGACUCGGGUUACCUGCCAUGGUUGGGCCACGUUCUGUCCUUUCGCAAGAACACAGCACAGUUCCUGCAAGGGAUGCAGAAGAAACACGGGGAUAUAUUCACGGUCCAGAUAGCAGGCUACUACUUCACUUUCGUGAUGGACCCGUUGUCCUACGGAGCCGUGGUGAAGGAGUCAAAGUCGAAACUUGACUUCGAGAAGUUCGCGGUGGAGUUGGUCGCCAGGGUCUUCGGAUAUCACGCCAUGGAGUGUGACCACAAGAUGCUGGAGGCAGUGAGUAACACAUACCUCAAGGGCGACGGGCUGGUUGACUUGACCGAAGCCAUGAUGUUGAACCUGCAGAAACUGAUGCUUUACCAGACCACGGGCGGUGCCGGGGAAUGGAAGCAAGACGGGCUGUUCCAUUACUCCUACAACAUCGUGUUCAGGGCGGGCUACCUCGCUCUGUUCGGGGUAGAGCCGCCCAAGGGCGACCAGGAGCAUGCCAAGAAGGUGGACCGUGAACAAACGGAUUACAUCUUCAGCAACUUCAGAAAAUACGACCGACUGUUCCCGAGAUUGGCUUACGCCGUGCUCCCUCCCAAGGACAAACUGGAAGCCGAGAGACUCAAGAGGUUGUUCUGGGAUCUGUUUUCGGUGGAGGGGAUGAGAGACCGGGAGCAGAUCAGCGGCUGGGUCUCGGAACGCCAACGCCAGUUGUCUGAACAAGGUGUGCAUCGAGACAUGCAGAGUCGUUACAUGUUCCUGUUGCUGUGGGCAUCUCAGGGCAACACCGGCCCAUCGGCUUUCUGGCUCCUCUUGAGCCUCUGCCGCUGCCCCGAGGCAUUGAGGGCGGUGCGGGCUGAGGUGGACGAUUUGCUAGCGGAGACCGGCCAGCGAGCGGUGGCGGGAGGGCCGCCCGUCAGCUUGACCCGAGACAUGCUGCUGAAGACCCCGGUGUUGGACAGCGCGGUGGAGGAGAGCCUGCGGCUCUACGCCGCUCCUAUGUUGAUCCGGGCCGUGUCUCAGGACAUGGAGCUGGCGAUGGCAGACGGCCGGCGCUACUCGCUGCGAAAGGGAGACCGCCUCGCUCUCUUCCCUCACCUGUCGGCGCAGAUGGACCCGGAGAUCCACCCGCGGCCGGACUCCUUCCAGUUCGACCGCUUCCUCAACACGGACGGGACGAGGAAGACCGACUUCUACAAGCGCGGCCAGAAGGUGAGGUAUUACAACAUGCCGUGGGGAGCCGGCGUCAGCAUGUGUCCCGGCCGCUUCUUCGCCACCAACGAGCUGAAGCAGUUCAUCUUCCUCAUGUUGUGCUACUUCGACUUAGAGCUUCUUAACCCCGAGCAGGAGUUCCCUCCCAUCGACAUCAGCCGCUGGGGUUUUGGUACCACACAGCCACAGUACGACGUUCAGUUCAGAUACCGCCCAAGGGUUUAGCUAAUUAAUUGCUGAAACUUCUCCACAACACACACACACACACCCGUUACAUUCACCCAAGUCAACGCUUAAAUCCUUUAGCAACUUAAUCACACAUACAUUAAUUCGAGAGAAUGAUAGAUUUCGGGAUAUAGAUUAUUAGGGCGGGAACAUGGAGCCGAAGCUGUAUGUAAUAUAAGCAUGUAAAUGCUGGUUUACGAAAACAAUUGUCAUACACAUCAACCUCCAAAAUCAGGAACCUAAAGUACUAGAAGGAAGGUCCAUUGUACAAAGGUUUGAUGUUUACUGGAAAUCGUUACAAUCCGAUGCAGUUAUACUGAAGUAGACAAAAAAAAUACUGGAGAAACUCAGCAGGUGAGGCAGCAUCUAUGGAGAAAAGUAGUAGACGACGUUUCGGGUCGAGACCCUUCUUAAGACAUCGACCCGAAACGUCGCCUACUUUUCUCCAUAGAUGCUGCCUCACCCGCUGAGUUUUUCCAGCAUUUUUUGUCUACUUUCGAUUUUUCCAGCAUCUGCAGUUCCUUCUUAAACAGUUAUACUGAAGUCACGUUAUGAAGUAGCAAACAUAGACACCAUGGAAUACUGCAGAUACUGGUUUACAAAAAAAGAUACAGGGGCAAUAGACAAGGAUGUGCUCCAUCACCAAUGUUAUUUGCCCUUGCCAUAGAACCCCUAGCUGAAAGUAGUAGGGAAAAGUACAUCCGGGCAUUCACGGUUAUAACACUAAACAUACCAAUAAUAAGAUUUCGUUAUAUGCAGACGAUGUACUUUUAUAUAUUACCAACUCUCAAGUCAGUAUCCCAAAUAUAUUAAACUUCAUAGAACAAUUUGGUUCCUUCUCAGGGUAUAGAAUAAAUUGGAAUAAAAGUGAAAUUAUGCCAAUAAAAGCUCAAGACCUCUCACAUCUCCUAUAAUUUCCCUUUAGAAUUGCCACUGAAAAAUUUAAAUACCUUGGAGUUUACGCGACUAGAAAAUAUACUUCUCUAUUCCAAGCAAAUUUUCCACCAUUAAUUACUAAAUUAAAUGCCCUUAUUCAAUUUUGGAAAACACUUCUGAUUUCCCUUAUAGGUAGAGUAAAUGCUAUAAAGAUGACUUUCCUUCCACAACUCCUUUACCUAUUUCAAUCAAUACCGAUUUAUCUCCCUAAAAGCUUUUGUAAAAAACUUGACUCUGUGAUUACAAACUUUAUCUGGGAUUAUAAAUCUCAUAGAAUUCAUAAACGACAUUUAUGUAAACCUAAAGAAAACGGUGGACUGGCUCUCCCCAAUUUUCUUUUCUAUUACUGGGCAACUAAUAUUAAAAAUUUAAUCUACUGGAUGGAUGAUACAUGUCAACAAGUAAACUGGUUAAAAGUGGAGAGGGAAGAUUGUUCGCCUUUCAAUAUAGGCGCGAUUCUUCUUUCUCCAAUACAUCUGAAUAAAUCAAUGUAUGAGAAAAAUCCGGUAAUUCAUGGCACCCUACGAAUUUGGAAACAGUUGAAAUCAACUCUCAAAUUGAGAAAUUUCUCUCUCCUUUUACCAAGCGCCAACAACCCCUCGUUUAAACCGUCUACUUUAGACAAGGCGUUUGUACAAUGGGAAAACUUAGGAGUCAAAACACUGGGAGAUCUUUAUGAGAAGGGGAUCUUCCUCUCGUUUCAAGAAUUACAGGUGAAAUAUCAUUUGAAAGCUAGUAAUUUUUUUAGAUAUCUUCAAAUCCGAGACUGAAAACACACACGCAAGACUGUCAUUCUAUGUGCCCAGAUAUAUUAGACGAAUGCAUGAAUAGAAAGGCGGAUACAAGUAAGUUAAUAUCCUAUAUUUACAAUACCCUUUUAACUGCACAUAUCCCACCUGAAAUAAUUAGGCGAGCAUGGGAAGGUGAAUUGGGUUUAUCAAUUUCAAAGGAUAGUUGGGAGGAAAGCCUUUUAUACAUACAUUACUGCUGUCUUAAUGUUAUGCACUUUUUGAUACAAUUUAAAAUACUGGACAGACUUUAUUAUUCAAAGUCUAAAUUGAACAAGAUCUUCCCAAAUGUCUCUCCUAUUUGUGAUAAAUAUCUCCUCCAAGAAGCGACUAUAACCCAUUCUUUUGCUUCCUGCACAAAGUUACAAAACUUCUGGAGGGGAAUUUUUGAUACCUUUUCCAAAAUACUUAAAAUUAAAUUGGAUCCAGAUAUAAAACUGAUCAUAUUAGGUAUGUCAGAGGCCUGUUCUAAGCUAACGAUAUUUCAAAGACUUUUCCUCAACUAUGGCCUAAUAAUGGCGAAAAAAUUAAUGCUUAAAUUUUGGAAACAGACAACAGUCCCCACAGUGAAGAUGUGGAUUACAGAUAUGUCCGAGACACUACACUUGGAAAACAUCAGGCUUGUCUUGGCGGAAAAACCAGAUGAAUUUCUUAAGACAUGGACACCCUUUACUGAAUUUUUACAACAAUAGAAUGGUGAAACAUAAAUUUAAAUUUAAAUCCGAUACUAUGUUGGGUGAGGGGGGGGGGGGAGGGGUAAGAUAUAUAUCUCCAUCUUUUCUUAUUCCUCUUUCUGCUGCACUGCUUUGGUAGCUCAGGGGACUUUUUCUCAUUCUUUUCUAUUCUAUCCUUUCACUUUUUCCUUUCUUCUUUUCUUGCUUUCCCUUUGUUUCCUUUUUCCAUUUUUUAAAUUUAUGUUAUAAGGUUAAAAAUGAAGCUGUACAAUAAUUGUAUAAUUCUAGAUGCCGAGCGUUUUAUCUUUGUACAAUUGCUAAUAAAAUAAAAAAUUAAAAGAUACAAAGUGCUGAAGUAAGGAAUUUGGGGGUGGGGUGGGUAGUAGUUGCGCAGACCAGAUAAUCAUGCAGAGAGUGGUCUCAGCAGAAAGCAGGGUACGUUGGAGGGGAGGGGCGUAAAUGUGACUUUUGGUGGGAUCUCUGAUUACACAUUGAUUGUAUUUGAUUAAUGAUAAAUAAAUAAUCUUUUUCCUUCUAACUGAAAA